GAGCUGCUGCCGGGUGGGACUCACCGAGGCGCAGGGGCUGGAGGUGGUGCUGGGGGUAGGCGACCGCUGGACCGUGACCAAAGCCAUCUAGGCGCUGCUAGUAAAUGUGCCUACUUUGUCUUUGGUGGUUAAACACUAAUAUUUGGACUCUGCUACUCUGAAAUGGGUCAUCGCACCUGCUUAACCUACAGAAGAAAGCCACUAUAGAGCUUUUCAAGGAUCUUUUGGUUUAAAGUCUAUUUCAAAGUCUGAUGUGUUUGUGUGUUUGAAGAAGAGUCACCUCUUCCAGACUUUAUGGAAUCAUUUUGGUAGGGAAAGACCUUCACCUGUAUUUGGGGGCAUGCUGGAACAUGCCCUGACCCUUGGUCUAGUGCUGCAGGAUGCCAAGUGUGAGGGUUCCCUCAGAAUAGACCCUGAUCCAAGGAGUUGAGUGCAAGUUCAUCUGGGAGGUGGUUCCAGGAAAUAAUGUGGCCCAGAUGAGUGAAUCAGCAUCUCAAGAGGAACCCAAACCUGCUCAGGGAGAUGGAAAAGAAGACAAAGAAAGGAAAGAGGAAGCACCUGAAGUCAAAGAGCCUACUGAGAGUUCACAGAGUGAACCAGGCAGCUUUGCAUUAGACACCCUCAGCAAUGAGGCAGAAACAACAGCAGAUGAAAUCAAAUCCCAAGAAAUUGACCUGGAAGAGCAGACAAAAACCUCAAUUUGUUCAAUAAAGGACUCUAACACUAGAGUCUCAAAGAAUUUGGUGGUUAGAAAACCUGCAAAAGUGAUUUUCAAUUUAGAUCCAACUGCACUGAAUUCAAAGCUAGAACAGCCAUGGAAGAAAAAUUUUUUCGAAAGAUUGGAAGCAAGAGCCCAGGCAAUGCAGCAGAAAAUAAUAGAUAAGGACAAUCUGAAGAAAGAACUAGAAAAAAAGGCUAAAAAAAAACUCCCUAGGGAUAAUUUGGCCAAAGAGUGGUUUAAUGCUGAAAACAUGACACUGAACACUCGUGCAUAUUUGCUUGACAAACUUCUGCCUACCUUAGUUCCUGGAGUGGAAAAAAUGUUAAUGCAAGUGGAAAAGAAGAAUCUUUGGGCAGAAGUUGACAAUACAACCAAGUUUAACCCAAUUAAUCAUUUGGGGGAAUACUUAAUGAGAAACAAUCCUUAUUAUAUCAAAGACUCAGGAAUGUCUGGUUAUCAAAGGGUGAUGAAGGAUGUCACAGAAGCCCUGAAGAUACAUAUUCCCAACACUACUGACAACAGAAUAAGCAAGAUCAAGGAGAGUAUUAAGCAGAAACGAGAACAAAGACAAUACAUAACAGAAGUCAAAGUCCAGGUGGCCAAUACACGGAUGCAGGCUCUGCAGGAGCAGUUCAGUGAAUGGAUUCUAGACCCCAAAGGAAUGAUUCCCUUGGUAGUGAUUCAGAAUGUUCUUCAUGAAUUUUUUCAAAAUCCAGAUUUCCACCUUGAAGCAUGUUGCAAACAAUUGGAUAUUGCUGACUCAAUGGAACCAAGAUUGAACAAAAUGGAAUUUACAGAGUACAUCUCUUCACACAUUGCAGACUUUAAAAGUGAAAUGUUUGAGAAACUCCUUAAGCACAUUUGUCAUUGCGCAGAUGAAUUCCGGGAGGUCAUAAAAACGGACAUGCGGAGGCAGAUGUUUGCUGAACUCUUCCUGCAUUGUGACCGUGGGAAGAUAGGGUUUUUGGAUCGGCAGAGGACAUUGGCCUUGCUGGAAACAUUCUAUGACCAAAGUUCAAAAAUGCUUAGAAGUUUGCUGCGAAACCCAAGACAGUGGCCAUUCAUUGAAUUUGAAGAGAUAGACUUGCCUGAGUUCUGGGGAGACAUGGAUAAUCAGAAACAUAUUUAUGAAGACUUUGACAAAGUGCUCUUAGAGAUGAAUGCAUUACUUUCUGAAAAACAUGCUAGCAAAACCCAAAGCAAAUUGUUAGAAACUCCAGAAGAUCAACAUAAACAUGAUGAACAUAAUGAAUCCACACUGCCAGAAGAGCAGAGAGAGAUGACUUCAGAACAAGAACCAAACAGAAUUUCAACUGAAGAACAAGAACAAGACGGAGAGUCAACUGGAGAAAAAGAACUAUACAGAGAAUCAGUAACAGAACAAGAAACUCACACAGGGUCAACUCCAGAACAAGGAUCAAGUAGAGAGUUAAUAAUAGAACAAAGACCACGUGGUGACUCAGUCAUAGAACAAGGGCUACCACAAAGAGUGUCAUCUUCAGAACAAGGAGUCAACAUGGAAUCAACUACAGAACAAGGACUCUACAGAGAAUCAAUAUCAGCACAAGGACAACAUAAUGGGUCAACAGCAGAACAAGGAUCACACAGAGAGUCAGUAACAGGAAGCGCACACAAAGGGCCAAUUGCAAAACGAGGAUCACACAGAGAGUCAGUAGCAGAACAAGGACCACACAGAAGGCCAGUUGCAGAACAAGGAUCACACAGAGAGUCAGUAGCAGAACAAGGAUCACACAAAGGGUCAAUAGCAGAACAAGGAUCACACAGAAGGUCAGUUGCAGAACAAGGAUCACAUGGAGAGUCAGUAGCAGAACAAGGAUCACACAAAGGGUCAAUAGCAGAACAAGGAUCACACAGAAGGUCAGUUGCAGAACAAGGAUCACACAGAAGGUCAGUUGCAGAACAAGGAUCACACAAAGGGUCAACUGCAGAACAAGGAUCACACAAAGGGUCAACUGCAGAACAAGAACCAUCCAGAGAGAUAAUUCCAGAAAAACAACAGGAUUCAACUUUACAAUCAGAAAGAGGUAGUAUCUUCAGAGAAAGUAAAAUAUCUAGGGAGGCUACUUCCUAUGAGUACACUGAAAUCUCCCCACGGGAAGAGAAGACUCAGGAGCAAAUAUAUGAAGAGGAACUAUUUGUGAGUCCUGAACUGCAAGAGGAAGUCCCGACAUCAAGAAGAAAAGAUCAUCUUUCAGAAACUACAAAAAAGAAAAGUCAGAAAGAUCCAUCCUGUGAAAAGUCCCAAGAAAUAGAAGGAAAGUCAUGGUCAGGUGAACUUUUGACUUGUAACUGGAAGAUGAAUUGUAUCAAAUGUGAAGAUGAGGAACAAGCAAACUUACUCCUCGGUAACUCCAGGUUCACAGACCUACACUCAAUUAUCAGAAAUAUUCAGUCUUACAAGGAAGUAAAAGGUAGAAGUGCUUUCACUGGAGUUUCCUUAAAUCUGCUCCAGUUUGUGCAACUUCUGGAGACAUUUGUUGGUGAAGAUGCCCCCUUGAGUGUCAGUGAGACGCUCACAUCCUUUUUUAAGCGGGGCUAUGUUGAAACAAAAGAAGAGAAAAUAAGUGGCUUAGAACAGGCUAGACAAAAUGCUUCCAGAGCCCGACGGGAACUUCUCCUAGAAGCCGUGUUUCAGAAGUGGGACAGUGAUGGCUCAGGCUUCCUGGAUCUGAAGGAAGUUGAUGAACUCUUGUACACAUACAAGGAGGGAAUGGAAAAAGAAUCUAUGAAGAAAGCUAAACUACACAUCCAAUUUCCAAAGCCACACCCUGACCAAGAAGUGAGGUUGUCCUUAAAACAGUUUCAGAAAUACAUAGAAUUGGUUGUAUCUGAACUCAGGGGCAAUGAAGAUCAUGUUCUGGAGAGUGUUGUGGAGUUUCUGAUGAAUACUUUAGAAAGGAGCCAUAUUGAGAAUCUGAGGAAUUGUGCCAGACGGAAAUGGCUGUACCAAAUCCAACACGCUGCAGAGACAAGUGGGGUGUCCCUGGAGCCGGUGUACACGGAGACCUUUAAUGCCCUCACCCAGGACGCUGAAAUCCAUGGGAAUAAGAAGAUCAGUGCUCACAUUUCCCUCUUAGAAGAGAACCUACUACUGCCUGAUAGAGGGGAAGUUCUAUUGAGGAACGUAGCUUGUACUUUAGAUGAUGCUCCAUUUGUACUGAACCGAGUGCUCUACAGGGACAUGAAAGGAAUCAGCUUCACAGUAGUGGAUGAAGGAACGCCAAUACACGUGCCCCAAGUUCAACACCAUGGGAACAUCUUUUUCUGGAACCAGUCCCUCAAGAAGAAUGAUCAAAAUGGGUCAUUCCUGGCUCUGCCUCUUCAGGAUGCAUAUAUGAGGAUCUUUGGGGUCAUGGCUGUUGACACCCUAAGAGAUCCCAAAAAAAUAAACAUCUUUGUACCCCACGAGAUCAGAUUCUAUCAGGGUGUCGCCAAUGUCUUCAGCACUGCCUAUCACUAUGUGCACAGCAGGGAGCACAUCCUGCAUGUUGUGAUCAUGGGUACUGGCUGGCUCUGUGACAUCACAUCUGACAUUACCACCAUCACAACGUACUUUGUUGAGCCCGGUCCAACGCAGGAUUCAGACUAUGUUUUACGCAAUAUGAUGGUUACCGGGCACCUGGGUCUAACAGAAAUCCACAAGAACCCCCCUACAAUCUUCAGGAAGACCUGCAUCUUCAGAAACUUCCUCUUCAAAUGUACAGACAGUUCGGAAGUUGUUUUGGCCUCUGUCUGUGGAGAAAACCACAUCAUAAUUCCACUCCGUGAGAGAACAGGAAAAGCUCUGGGAAUUCUUGAUUUUAACAUUGGCAGGAGUAAAAUGUUAUUGUAUCGAGAAUUUAAAGAUCUACAGAAAAUGAUGAAGGUGGUCCAAGCUGCCUGCUACGAAAUACUGGGCGAAUUAUCUGGAGAAAUAAAGAAAAACUAUGUCUUAGAGAUUGAAAAUGUAGGAGAAGUCCAGCGGGCAGGAGUUCUCUUUUUCCGAAUCAUGCUGCAAGAGCUGCAAGAAAGCCUCCGGCUGCUUACCUCCCUAGACUUUGUAUCACUGUUGCUCUAUGAUUAUAAUCUUCCACCAGAGUUCACAUCUCCGUCAGAUAGCAAGUCCCAGGAGCUGGAAGCCAACACAAAGCUAGUACAUGACAUCCUGAUAGGGGUGAUCUUGUUCAUUCAUCCAGAGUUGGAAUUAUCAGGUGACUUCAGAAACUGGGAAAAGUGUAAACUGUAUGUUAAGAGUUACUUAGUCGAGAAUAUUUGUGAAUUUGAUCCGACCGCUAAGAAUGUGAAAGUUAAUUUACAGCUCAUUGGCGAACAUAUCAGAGAUCAUUCUCGAAUCGAAGUAUGGGAAUUUGGUAAUACUGUCAUCGAAUACCUCUACCAGUGGGCACACAUCUGUUUAGCUCUCAUGGAGCUAAACAAAAAACCAAGUAGUGCUCUCGCACCCCCGUUGCCCUCCAAGACCAACUCCCGUGUGUAUGCAAAAAUGCCAAAGGGAACCGUGCCAGGAAAAUGUUAAUGAAUUAGUACUGUAUUUAGGAUAUUUUUGUCAUGUUCAGUUUUGUUAACUAUAAAAUAUUUUCAAAUGGAAAGAAGUGCCACAUAGACAUAUCCGGCUCCUAGACAUUUACCUCAGCACUUUCUAAAACGAAAAACGCUACUUAAGGAGAAAUUUGAUCUAAAAAAUAUCCAAUGAAGGUAGCCAUAACCAAAUGUAUGUUACAGAAUAUACUUAAAAGUUUCCUUUUAGUUUUAACUUUGUAUCUGCCAUGGGACUAUUGUGGUUAAUCGGGUACAGUUAUUUUAAUUCUUUUAAGGUACAAAGUAAAGACUGAGAAUUUAAGGGGGAAAUGGCAGUUUUUACAUUAA